GAAUGUUUACGCUUUGAGGAGUGUGAGGGUGUUGAUGAUGAUGAUGAUGAUGAUUGGAUUGUGAUGAUUGGAGGCAUUCGAUGCCCUUUUUGCAUUUUGUCUCCCUUUCUUUUGGAACAAACUCUACAUACUUUGUUGAAAGCCGCUAGUUUACUACAAACCACUCGAAAAGACCAAACACACACAAAAAUGGCCAUGAACACUGCAUCCAACGUCCUCGAAAAUUACCUCGGCGACAAACCCACUGCAACUCCCAAUAAACCCACCCCAACCUCGCAAACCAUGAAAGCCCUCGCCUGGUACGGCAAACACGAUCUCCGUCUCAUUGACACGCCCGUCCCCACAAUCUCGCAUCCAAAGGACGCCAUUAUCCGCGUCACGGGUACAACCGUCUGCGGAAGUGACUUGCACCUCCUGCACGGGGAGAUUCUCCAACUCAAAAAGGGCGAUAUCCUUGGACAUGAGUACAUGGGCAUUGUGGAAGAGGUUGGAAGCCAAGUAACGAAAAUUAAAAAGGGCAUGAGGGUCGUCGCCGCGUUCAAUAUUGGGUGUGGUGAGUGUGAGUAUUGUCGUAAACAGCAGUAUACCGAAUGUGAUGCGACGAAUAAUUCGGCGCUGAUGGAAAAAAUGUAUGGACAAAAGUUGGGUGGAAUUUUGGGAUACGGUCAUUUUGGAGGCGGUUUUGCAGGCGGGCAAGCCGAAUACGUUCGCCAACCCUUUGCAGACGUCAACCUCCUCCCCCUCCCCUCAGACAUCCCCGACGAAAAAGCUCUCUACCUCUCCGACAUUGUCUGCACCGCCUACCACGCCGUCGUUGAAAGCGGUGCCCAACCCGGAGAAACAAUCGGAGUAUGGGGAUUAGGUCCCAUAGGCCUCCUCGUCGCUCAAUGGCUCCGUGUCAAAAAAGUCGGACGCAUCAUUGCAAUUGAUAAUGUCCAAUCUCGUAUGGCGCUUGCCCGCGAGAAAUGGGGAGUAGAAACAAUUGAUUUUGAAGAGUACCCUGAUGUUGUUGGAAGGAUUAUGGAAUUGGCUCCUAAAGGGUUGGAUCGAGCCAUUGAUUGUGCGGCUUUUCGGUAUGCAAAGAGUAUGGUGCAUAAAGUCCAACGGGCGAUUGGGUUGGAGACGGACUCGUCCGAGAUUGUCAAUGAAGAGAUUCGGGCGGUUAAAAAGUUUGGAACUGUUGCGUUGAUUGCUGAUUAUGCUGCCAACACGAACGGAUUCAUGAUUGGCGCCGUCAUGGAAAAAGGUAUCCGCCUCAUAGGCUGCGGCCAAGCCCCCGUACAACGCUACUGGCAAGAAUGUCUCGACUACAUCCGUUCCGGCGAGUUUGACCCCACCAUCAUCGUAACCCACCGGUUCCCCCUCGACCAAAUUGUCGAAGUCUACAACCGAUUCGACAAAAAGGAAGCAGGCAUCAUUAAAGUGUUUUUGCAAACACGAUUUUCGGCACCGGCUUCUAAAGGCACGCCCGAGUUGAGUGAUGUGCGGCAGCUAAAAGAGGAAUAAGUGUAAGAUGGACAAACGUUUGUAUAGGGCGUGAAAUGGUGUUUUGUGUACAUACUUGUUUUUUCGAACGUUGGGUUCGUUAGUAAAGUUUUUUGUAUACGUUUUUCAUCGUUUGGAUAUCCA